CAUCGAGAGAGCCUUGAGCUUGCCAUUUCCCAGUCCGUCUCUUCUUGUGCUCCUGGUAGCAGACGAGCUUCGAGGUGGUUGGAGAAACGGGUGCUUGUGUGGUGCGUGCUGCCUUAACUGACGCAUGCUUUUCCUUCAGCCUCGUCUCCUGGUCGGGUGAACAGCAAAGUGCGAAAAGCUCAGGCAUUUACGUCUCGCCUUCGAGCAAUCCGUUUUUAGCUCAAUGUUGGUCUGCCGCUUCAAGUUGUACUGCUCUUGACGCCUGUCGGAUCGACGUGAACGAAGCCGGGAAAUGGCGGUGACUGGUAACAAGCGACAGCACGCGAGCAACAUCGCGUUCGCGAACGUUACAAACGGCGCGAGGAAGAAGAAGUGCGUCGACAUCCACUCGCUGCUAACCGUCACGAAACCAUUGUCCGCUCGGGCUUUGAGCCACGCAGGCAAGAAACAGAUGGAUAGGAAAUCACUGGGCAGCGAUCUCAUACAGUCACGCGGCGGUAGCAGCGGAGAUGUGGCCGGAGGAGGACGCGCACAGAGCCGACCUUAUAAGAACGGUAUCGGAAGAGGUGGCAACUCCGAUAAGGUUUCAAUGUUCAAGGCUACUCCGAAGUCGCAGGAGAGGAGCAAUGCGAGCAACCGUGGAUGUGGAAGCGACGAAGAACAAGGAGUGGUGGAUCUGGCUGAGGACGACGAUGAGCUGUACGAUGACGUGGACGAUGACGUGGACGAUGACGUGGAGGAUGACAUGGACGACGUCGUGGUGGCGGACGAGGAGGUAGAGGACGAGGAGCACGGACUUGCUGAGCUGGACGAUCUCAGGUGCGAGGUUUGCGGCCGGGACGACGGCGACGACGAAAUGCUCCUGUGCGACGGGCGCGGGUGUAACCGCGGUUACCACCUCUGGUGCCUGCGACCGAUCCUCGUCGCCGUGCCCUUGGGUCAGUGGCUCUGCCCCGACUGCCGCCGCCCAGCCAAAAUCAGAGAGUUCCCCCUGGUCCAGAAAUCCAUUCUCGACUUCUUCCGCAUUCAGCGCACGCCAGGACUCACACCUGAGAAAUCUCCUGCUGCGGGAGGGGCCAAUCAGGGAGAUGGCGGCAGGCAGAGCAGCAGAGUCACGACAGAGCAUUCGGAGCACAGCAAAUCGGUAUCAACGGGAGGGGUUCCGGGUACUGGUGGUCCUGACGGGGCGGGUAGGAGUAGGUGCAGCGGCAGUACAGGCGCUGACGGUAGCCGCGUAGGAGCUCGGACUGGCAUAGUCGCUAACGCUACUAGCGACGUUUGUUCUAACACUGGGACUGGUGGGGGUAACACUAGUAGUGUAGGUGGUAACAUUGGUCGCACAGGCGGUCAGUGCAGAACUAAGGGAAGCAGCACGACCAGCAGAAGAACAGUUAUUGGCCAAGGCAGUGAUUCUGGUAUAGGUGACUGCGGCUUAACUACUAACACGGGCGAAGGCAGCUUUGAAUCCAGCAACCACAACGGCAGCACAAGAAAGAGCGUCCAGAGCAGUAGCAGCAGCAGGAGCAGCAGGAGCAGCAGCAGCAGGGGCAGGAAGCGACAGACCCGAAUAAAGCUGAGCCGAAAGCUGUUCCCCCACCGCCCAGUCACAGAUCCUAAGAGGCGUCUUGAGCAACUUAGGUCCCUAGCCACCGCUCUGACAGCCAUAGGGGCGCGGUUCGUGGACGGGCUGGAUUACCCCUUUAAAGCCGUGCCGAGGGGGAUGAACGAGCCGGGGAGGGAGGUGGGCGGGAUGCAGGCGCUCAGCCGGGAGAACGUGGGGGUGUUGGCGCGCUGUGAGGAGAUGUGGAGGCGAGGGGAGCCCCCUCCGCUGAUUGUCAAGCACGACCCUUGCCAAGGCUUUGUGGUGGAAGCGGAUGCGCCUAUAGCGGAUCGCACGAUAGUCACAGAGUAUGGAGGCGUGGUUGACACCAUGGCAAGGCGGCGACACGACCCCUGUGACGCUAUGAUGGGGUUACUGUUCACCGGGCGGGAUAAGACGGACCUCGUGAUCUGCCCAGACGAGGCAGCUAACUUUGCACGGUUCAUAUCAGGCAUCAACAACCACUCCAAGGAGGGUCGGCGAAAGAUCAAUCUGCGGUGUGUGCGGUUCAGUGUGAACGGGGAGGCCAGGGCUCUGCUGAUCGCCAAUCGCAGGAUAGCCAAGGGAGAGCGGCUCUACUACGACUACAACCGGCUGGUGCACGAGUACCCCACCAUACACUUCGAAUGAGGUUGGCCUGGGAAGAGGCCGUAGGAACGCGCUGAGACUGCUGGUUUUAGUGGGGGGGUUGCUGCUCUGCUGAUUGCCAACAGGAGGAUAGCCAAGGUCGAGCGGCUCUACUAUGACUACAACCGGCUGGUGCACAAGUACCGCACCAUGCACUUCGAAUGAUGGUGAUGGCUGGUGUCAAGGGGUGGUUGCUGCUCUGCUGAUUGCCAACAGGAGGAUAGCCAGGGCGAAAGGCUGGACAACUAGGACUACAAGCGGCUGGAGCAUGAAUAUCCCACCAUGCACUUCGAAUGAGGCUUACUUACAGUAACCCACCUGCAUCUCUCAUGGCAGCACAUGCACCACUUACAGCACUGCAGCAGUCAGCCCAGCCAGUUUCCUCAGCAGUGGGGU